GGGAUGAACCUGGAGCAAGUGAGCCUCCUCAGGCCAUAGACAUAGACCAACACGUCGAAUCGUUGACAUGCCGGGAAUGACAAAUCCAAACCUGCCAGCACCUGCCCAUCCUCUUCUCCUCCUACCCCUGAGCCCGCAAUGGAAAGGUCGACUUGAGAGGUUUGCGCGACUUCUUCUGCUCGCCUCAACUAUGAAAGAGGUCAUUACUACCCAAGCAAACGAUACUCACAUGAAGGGAAACCAACACUGCUGGGUCUUUCAAACCGUCCUCCUGGUUCACGGCACGCAGGGAAAGCCAACCAACUUCUCCGUCAGGUCGCAGCUCGGACAACUUCAGCUCAGCUCGACUGGCAAUGAGUUGACUGUGAUUGGAACUUUUUCUCCAGCAGUUGAUGAGCAGAGGAGGAGCAUGCAGCAGAUCGACGGGGAGAAGGACGUCGAGUUGUAGAGCCUCUAGAAACACACAGGAUCUUCCCUUCUUCUCGGUCGAACUCGCGGAAACUCCCGCACAACUGAUUGUGAUGAAGGUCGAAGCGGGCAGGGAUGCAGGAUGAUUGUCGUUCAACCCUCUUGUUGUGUAAAGUUUGCACAGCAA